AUUGAAGGUCAAGUUUCCAGGCAACGGGGUCGUGGGGAAGAAAUGGGUAUCGACGCGGCGGUUGAACAGAGUCAUUCACUAACCACGGGUGUACCCUGGGUUCCAGACAGCGAAUGUGCUUGCUGUAGUGCUUGCAAUGUUCACUUUUCUUUGGUCCGUCGUCGCCAUCACUGUCGCAAUUGCGGGCGAAUAUUCUGUAACCGCUGUAGCAUCAAUUCUACACCACUUCCAAAUCACGGAUACUCGAAACCAGUGCGCGUCUGCAAUCGCUGCUUCCUCUGCGAAUUGAGUCCUUUCAGCAACUCAAACGGCGAUGGCGAAGCUCGUUCGUGA